AUGAAAGCUCGUGUAGGACACGAUAGCCAACUCACGCGACACACGACACACCUCCCAGCGCGUGGAAGCUCCCCCCAGCACGAGCGCGUGUGGGGGGUUUGGAAUCGUGGCGCAGUGAUGGCAACGCUCAAGAAUGAUCAGCCACGCCGACCAGCCCAAGUGGAGCCUCUCACGCCUCAUCGAUCGCGAAGCGAGAUCAACAACGGUCAAGCCCAAGGUCAAGCUCAACAGCAGAGCUCGCUGUUGGAUAUGAAGGAUGAGGUCAGUCUUGUGCUGGCAGUUGGGAGACGACGCGCUCGAGUCGUCGUGUCGUGCUCUUUCACCUCUUGCCAGAGCGUGUCGUUGCUUCCCCCAUACAAAGUAUAGUAUCCAAGGAGCUGACACGAUCGAUUUUGUCCUUUCCCCAACGCCGCGUCUCGGCGCCACGCAGCUAUUCCGGAUCGUCAGAGAUACGAGAAAGCGAGCGCCUGUCCAGUACGACCAAAUCCUGGACGCGGCCUGGGCUCGAAUGAUCAAGGAUGAGACUACCGCUGGAACACUCGAGGUGGCCAAUAUGGACGCUCAUCGUAGGGCUCGUGAGUUGAUUGCUGAUCAUUCAAGUGUUGACCCUCCCGAAUCCGUUCGAGUUACAGAGUGGAUAGAAGCAAAGCUUUGCUCAACUCGGUCUAACCUUCGCACAGAAUUCAUGCUUUACUGUGACCUCAUGCCCCUCUACAAAAAGACGCUUCGCAGGCCUCACGUGUACGGUCCGAGCCCUUUGAUCGGACAAAUCGAAGGCUACGACGACUUCAACGACGAUCUACCUCACGGCGCGACCACUUGGGCUCUCCUUCACGAUCGUUUCCGCCAUCACGACGUCAAAAAGGAUGAUAACAGCGAUGUCGAACGUGAAGACCCUGACGAUGUGCAUUUCAAAUGGGUCCCACCGACCAAGGACAAGGGCAAGAAGCGAGCGAUCGAAAUCGACCAUCCCGAAGGGCCACCGAGCAAGAAGACUUCUUCGAACAACGUCCCACCGCGAGAUGACAAGGAGAAAGGGAAGGGCAAGAGCAAAGCGAAAGACAAGGGCAAGGGGAAGGCGAGGGAGAGGGAUGUCGAACCUGAGAUCUUGUACCUCAGCGACGACAAUUGGAUGGGAGAACGAUACACCUUCAUCCCCCACAAGGCUCGACCUGCGAAACCUCGACCCGCCGCGGGCGGACAAGGUCCAGCGCCGCGCGCCAAAGCUAGACCGUUCCAACCGGAUGAAGACGAGUGGGAUAGCUCACCGCCACCACGAAGUCCAUCACCCGAUAGAGCUGCUUGUCGACCGGCUCUCCCAUCUGCUCCAGCAGAAGCGGCUCCGGGACCGUCCCGCAACAACAUUCCCGAACAACUCGAGAAAGCGGCUUUGGAGAUGAUCCUCGCCGUCAUUCCCGAUGUCGAACCCCAGCACGCACAAUCGCUGUAUCGACAAGCCCUUUAUGGUCAAAGCGUCGACCAUAUCGUCGAGAAACUACUCACCGAACCUUAUCCCAAAAUCGUGGUGGGAGCUAAGACCAAUGACCACAAACGUAAGCGUGACGAUGCCGAAGACGAUAUGAUCGACUCCAAGGGUUACCUCAAUAUCGAGACUCGUGCCUCGCCCUACCCUCUUUACCAACAAGCUGCACAAGGGUACUUGCUCGACGACUUCCCUCUGAUGCGACAAGCCGACAUUAUGAGGGUGUACAAGAACGAGUGCAAGUACUUCUACGCGCCAACGUACAUCAAGCUCCACGCGGCGAUGAAGCAGAACGAUCGAGAGCGCGGCUUCACCUUGAUGAAGAAAUUAACGACGCGACAGCAAUACACGGGCUAUGGUGCCGAGAGCGUUGAGGAUGAACGAACGUGGGUACUGCGCUACGUCGAUCGUGAUGCGAUUCGAAAACGAAGAGAGGAGGAGAGGGCCUGGCAAGAAAAGGAAGAGAUCGAGAAAGAGAUCAAGAGUGGCGCUUUCUUUGAAUGUGGGUGCUGCUUUGGUGAUACGGCUUUCUCGAGGAUUGCGACGUGCUCCGAAGGAUGUCAGUUUUGUCGCGAUUGUGCGACGCAGAACGUCAAUACGCAGAUUGGGAUGCGCAAGGUGAGUAGAGCACAGGCUUCUGGAAGGGGUUCCGGUUUUCGAGGUGGCAACGUUGGGGCCUGAUCCAAGCUCUGCUGCCCGAUCGCACAGUGCGUGAUCCCAUGCAUGUCCGUUGAUGGCUGUGCAGCAAUCUUCCGCGACUCGGAAUUGGAACGAUUCCUCCCCUCCACGACCCUCGCCGCGCUCGAGAAGAUUCGUCAAGAGAAAGAGGUCGAUUUGGCCGAGUUGGAAGGGUUGGAGAAAUGCCCUUUCUGCAGCUUCGCGUGCAUCAUCGAUAACCCCAACGAGAAGCUGUUUCAUUGUAUCAGCGACGCUUGCCGUAAAGUUUCUUGUCGUUCAUGCAAGAAGGUGAGCGAUCGCCGUAAUAUUUCGCCUGGUCGGGAUUACAAAGGCUGAUGAUGGUUUGAUUUUGGGGUCAUGCAGAAGGACCACUUGCCGAGGACGUGCAAAGAGGAAGCUGCUGCGGAAGAGAAAAUCAAUAGCGUUCACAAGGUCGAAGGUCAGUACGACCGGGUUGCUCCCGAUUGCUAUCAGCAUGCUCAUAUUUGCUGGUAUUUUCCCCAGAGGCCAUGUCGGAAGCGCUGAUUCGCAAAUGCCCCAACACUCGCUGCGGAGAACCCUACAUCAAAGAAGACGGUUGUAAUGUGAGUGGUGUGGACCGUUAGUGAUGAUGCAGCCGUUUCUGACCCCGAUCAUUACUUGGCUAUGACGAUAGAAAAUGACGUGCCCCUCGUGUCGAACGAUGUCAUGCUUCAUUUGCGGAAAGAUUGUGAGUCACUGGCGUACCCUGGGCAGUCGUUCGUCGCGAACUGGAAGCUUACACUCCACCUUUCUUUUCUUGCUAUAGGUCAGCGUGAGUAUGAUGGCCUGCCUCCGACCCUUCCAUUAUUCUUCCACUCGGAGUUGAUCUGACGCCGAAUCCGAUGCACUGAACAGGGCUACGAGCACUUCAAGAAUGCAGGCUUCGCCAAUGCGCCGAAAGGUUCCGACGCGAAUGCCACUUGUCUUUUGUGGGACGAUCACAAGACCCGAACGUUUCAAGAGGUGACUGCUCGCGUGCCCCACAAAAUGAAUGAUCGGAGAGCGCUGAAUUACUUUGAUCGCGCUACAGGUUGAAGCCGCUCGCGCAACAGCAGCUGCCGAAGUACUCAACGCGAACCCCAAUAUUGACAAAGAGGCGCUCAAGAAACUUGCGGACAAGGCACCCCCCAUCGAUCCUCGGUAUCCAGUGCCUCAUCUGCCCGUACAAGCUCGUCCGGCUCCCGCGGCACCCGUGCCUAAUAUGGCCGCUCCUGCUCCUCGAGGGGCUCGAGGUAAGGCUCGUUAG